AUGUUUAUGAAUGGCAAUGCAACCAUUACAGGUGAUGCACCUUCUUGGAGAGCUGCUGCUUUUCAGUUCUUAACUAGGAUGUUCCUGAAAAAGGAUGGAAGCCAAAGGUUAGCACAACUGCCUAAACUUGCAGCAUUUAUCUUAGCACAGGAUGCCCUGGAAAACGCAAAGGGGCCUGGAAGAAUCGACCCCUCUUGCAACUCAGUCCCCACUCUAAAGGAAACAUCCCUCCAGCAAGAGGUGUCUCUGAUCUGUCCCCAGCUGAGGUGUCCUCUCCAUGCUGAGAAAGACUAUCUCCCGGCGAUUGGCGGGUUUUUGUUAUUGCCCAGCCAGGAAGGGGGAAGGACAAGGGACAUCCUCCCGCCCAAUUGCGCAAAGGCGGCUCAUCUGAAAAGCAAGCUUAUCCCUAGAGAGACAGCAAGGUGCAGCCCUGGCUGUAGGCGUGCGAGCAGCACGAGAGGGCCGAUCUCAGAGGACGCGCGGGGGCUGGGCUGCGGAGGACCCCCCCCCCCCCCACUUCACUUCCGAGACCCUGCGGCUUGGCUGCUCGCAAGGGAGUCCCGGUUCCACGCUCCACCAGCAUUUCACAGAUUUUCUCCCCUCGGCUCUAUCUCGGCCACCUUCCUAUCUAGAGAAGCUGCGGGAGCUGGGGGCCCCCCCGAGAUGCGCUGCUCCCGGAAGCGGUGGGCAAUCCGCAGGCUGAGUCCGCUCCGGAUCUUUCAUCAAGGGAAAGAAACAGCGAGAACUGCGGCACGGAGGGAAAUCCUACUGGUGGGGCCCUCCGGGUCCAUGCAGAACUCAACGGAAAUGUCUUAUUGACCAUCCUGGCACCCUUCCUUCUUUCUCUGUCCUUUCACUCCAGUGAGAAUCCAGCUAAAGUUAAAGCCCGGCAAGAAGAGAUCUCGUGCUUGCCUCCUCCCUUCAGCUAUUUCCUGGCUACUGGAGAUGGAUGUUCGGAGUCAGAAAUGCCCUUUCUUGGAGUAGAGAUGUUUACGGCAAGGGUUUGGGGGGGGGGUACCCGCAGAAACUGGGUACAGCACACAAAGAAGUUUAAUCGACUCUCUCCUGUGUUUGUCCAGAUGAUGUCUUUAGUUUAAUAAACGUCAUCUCUGUGAUUUUGAGCUUUACCCAGGAGGUGGCUAUGGUUUUGUGUUGUUGACAAAGCACAGAACUAUUUCUGAGGAUGUGAACCUGGUUCACUUGGUAGAUAGUAACUGGAAAUCCUACUUCUCUUCUAGGAGAAAGUUUACACUGGAAAAAAAAAAUAGGUGUAGGUGUUUGAAUGUAAAUUUGCCCUUUAUUUUGCAGACUUUAUGUUACUCAUCUAUCUUUACAAUAUGUAAAAUAAAUUGCAUUUAUAACUUAUCUCAAUCAUUAAUCAAGAUAAACUAUGUAUUAUGCUACUUAAAAUUCUUUUUACCUUCAUGAAGCUAACAUUUUUUUCUGUUCUAUCUCAGAGAUGAUGGACUCUGUUUGAACUGAUUAAGUGUUCUUCAAUCUUUACACUAUCUAGAAGUUUGCAAAAUCAAUUCUUCUUUGGUUUUGGACAUACAGUGAGUUUCUUUAAUAAUGCAUAAUGAAUUUCACAGGAUGUCAUGGGUAUCUUGUGCUAGACCAAAAUAUUAAACAGUGGCUUAUACUUUAAACAUGCAUAUAUUAAUAAAAGCUCAAUUUAAUGAUGUUCAGUGAAUGAUGAAAAUCUAUAAUCGUAGCCAUUAUAUGAUCGGCAUGUCUAGGGAUCCACACGUGAGUUUUGAAUACACUAUCUUUAU